AUGUCUCGUCUCACACCAAACUCUGCGACAGAGGGCUUCUUCCAAGAGCAGCCUCGUUUAGGGAACCAAUACGAUGAAGAUUUAUAUCUUCAAAGGUUGAUUCAAGCUUACUUGCCUGUUGAACUAUCGCAGGCUUCCGGUGCAAGCUCCCCGGUCGGUCUCUUUAGAGAUAUCGGCGCAAAGACCAUAGAGCCAGAAGUCUUCCGCUGGAUAGACGAUGCUGAAAAGAACAAGCCAUAUGUAGAAGAACUUUCUACCUUUGGCAAACCAAAGGGUGUUCUGCACACUGCUGCAGGAUGGAAGGAACUUGGCAAAAUGGCCGCCCGAGAGGGUAUCAUCCAAACAGCCUACGAGGACAAAUAUGGACCGUAUAAACGAAUUGUCCAGUUCACCAAAUAUUAUAUUUACUGUCCUUCUAGCGCUAUCUAUACUUGCCCUUUGGCUAUGACGGAUGCGGCAGCUAGAGUCCUUGAGCUCCAGUUAAGCAAUGCAUCGCUCUCCACAACUAAGCGAUCUGUCUUUCAAGAUGCAUACAAUAAUCUGACGACCCGCGAUCCAGCAAAAUCCUGGACAUCUGGUCAGUGGAUGACGGAGCGGGCUGGAGGCUCCGAUGUUCGCAAUAGCGAGACCACAGCUUUCCAGCAAUCGGAUGGGACAUACCUUAUUUCGGGUCAUAAAUGGUUCUCAUCUGCCACUGACUCACAGAUGAGUAUUCUUCUCGCUCGUACUCCAACUUCAGCUGGGCUGUCUUGCUUUUUCGCCCCUCUUAAGCAUGCAGAUGGGUCGUGGAACGGUGUUCGGAUCGUUAGGCUUAAGGAUAAACUCGGCACUCGUGCCUUGCCUACUGCUGAGCUCGAGCUGAAGGAUAUGAAAGGUUACCUCGUGGGUGAAGAAGGGAAAGGUGUGAAAUAUAUCUCGACGAUGUUGAACAUCACUCGAGUUCACAACGCGGUUUCUUCGGUGAGCUUCUGGCGCCGGGGUUUGGCGAUCGUAAAGGCAUUCGCGAAGGUUAGAAAGACGCAGAAUAAGGAACUAUGGAAGAAUCCUCUUCACUUGAGCGGCUUGGCGAAGAUGGAGGUGCAGUUUAGGGCAAAUAUGCAAUUAACUUACUUCACUGUUGCAUUGCUUGGGUUUGACGAGCAAGGAAUGCCAGAGAAGAGGGCGCCAUGGAUGCCAAAAGAUGGGAAGGAGGUAGCACUGAUGUUGAGGGUAUUAACACCAUUGGUAAAAAUGGUGACAGCGAAGGCUACCGUGUCGUCUUUGGCGGAGUGUAUGGAGUGCCUGGGCGGUGUUGGUUACCUCGAGAACGAACAAGAGUUAAACAUUGCCAGACUAUAUAGGGAUGCUAACGUCCUUCCUAUCUGGGAGGGUACUACGAAUGUGCUUUCGGUGGAUAUUAUUCGUGCAUUCACAAAGGGAGACAGUUUGGCUGCUUUAAAUACCUGGUUGGGCCGUGUCUUUGACGGACAAGGCCACAAUUCUUUAAGAGAAGCUAGGGCGGUAUUGAGAACCACUUGGAAUGAUAUCAAGCAGUUUGCUGAAAAGGCGUCGACCGAAGAGGCUCUAUCGAAAUGUAGAGAUCUAAGCUUUGGAAUUGCAUUCGUGGUCAUGGGUGCAUUCCUUAUAGUGGAUGCCGAUAGAGAUGGGGAUCCGCUUGCGAUUGAGGUUGCGCUACGCUGGAUUCUUGAAGGGAUUGGACGUGAGGGAUUCCAGGCUGUUGGGGCUACGAGUGCGCCGGCUAUAUUCCAAAGACGGUUUGGAUGGAAGGAGAAGGCAGAAGUUGAUUGUAGAUUAGUGUUUGGGCAUGGCCUCCAGGCUGAGGCUAGGCUUUAG